AUGACACCAAACGAGUUUUACGACACCUACGAGUUUUAUGUUAUGACACCCACGAGUUUUACGGACACCACGAGUUUUAUGACACCCACGAGUUUUAUGACACCCACGAGUUUUGCCGACACCCACGAGUUUUACGACACCCACGAGUUUUACGACACCCACGAGUUUUAUGACACCCACGAGUUUUAUGACACCCACGAGUUUUAUGACACCAAUGAUUCUUAUGACACCCACGAGUCUUAUGACACCCACGAGUUUUACGACACCCACGAGUUUUACGACACCCACGAGUUUUAUGACACCCACGAGUUUUAUGACACCCACGAGUUUUAUGACACCGACGAUUCUUAUGACACCCACGAGUCUUAUGACACCCACGAGUCUUAUGACACCCACGAGUCUUAUGACACCCUCGAGCCUAUGACACUUCACGUCAUUAGUACCUUGCGCCAUCAGUACCUUACAUCAUCAUCAGUACCUCGCAUCAUCAGUACCUCGCAUCAUCAGUACCUCGCAUCAUCAGUACCUCAUCAUCAUCAGUACCUCACAUCAUCAGUACCUCGCAUCAUCAGUACCUCGCAUCAUCAGUACCGCAACAUCAGUACCUCAAAUCAUCAGUGCCUACAUCAUCAUCAGUACUCGCAUCUCCAGUACCUCGAUUCCAGUACCUCGCGAUCAUCAGUACCCACAUCAUCAUCAGUACUCACAUCAUCAUCAGUACUACAUCAUCAUCAGUACUCGCAUCAUCAGUACCUCGCAUCAUCAGUACCGCAACAUCAGUACCUCAAAUCAUCAGUACCUCACAUCAUCAUCAGUACCUCGCAUCUCCAGUACCCGCAUCUCCAGUACCUCGCAUCAUCAGUACCUCACAUCAUCAUCAGUACCUCGCAUCAUCAGUACCUCGCACUCCAGUACUCGCAUCUCCAGUACCUCGCAUCAUCAGUACUCGCAUCAUCAGUACCUCACAUCAUCAUCAGUACCUCACAUCAUCAGUACCUCACAUCAUCAGUACUGCAUCUCCAGUACUGCAUCUCCAGUACCCGCAUCUCCAGUACCUCGCAUCAUCAGUACCUCGCAUAA